AAUGGACUGUGAGAGAAGGAUUUUGAUUUUCAAGAUGCCUGGAAAGUGGAUUUCUGCUCUGCUGCUGCUGCAGAUAAGUUGCUGCUUCAGAUCUGUGAAAUGUGGGAAAGUGUUGGUGUGGCCGAUGGAAUUCAGUCAUUGGAUGAACAUAAAAAUAAUACUGGAUGAACUGGUACAGAGAGGCCAUGAAGUCACUGUUCUGAGACCUUCAGCUUACUAUGUUCUUGAUCCCAAAAAAUCACCUGGCCUUAAGUUUGAAACUUUUCCUACAUCUGUCAGUAAAGACAAUCUGGAAAAUUUUUUCAUUAAGUUUGUGGAUGUGUGGACUUAUGAAAUGCCAAGGGAUACAUGUUUGUCAUAUUCUCCUUUACUGCAAAAUAUGAUUGAUGAAUUUUCUGAUUAUUUUCUAAGUCUUUGUAAAGAUGUUGUUUCAAACAAAGAGCUCAUGACAAAGCUACAGGAAUCCAAGUUUGAUGUCCUUUUGUCAGAUCCUGUUGCUUCCUGUGGGGAGCUCAUAGCUGAACUGCUCCAGAUUCCUUUUCUGUACAGUAUCCGCUUCUCUCCAGGCUACCAAAUUGAAAAGUCCAGCGGGAGAUUUCUACUCCCUCCCUCUUAUGUACCUGUAAUUCUGUCAGGAUUAGGUGGACAAAUGACAUUCAUAGAGAGGAUAAAAAAUAUGAUAUGCAUGCUUUAUUUUGACUUUUGGUUCCAGAUGUUUAAUGAUAAGAAAUGGGACUCAUUUUACAGUGAGUAUUUGGGAAGGCCAACCACCUUAGUUGAGACAAUGGGCCAAGCAGAAAUGUGGCUCAUUAGAUCCAACUGGGAUUUGGAGUUUCCUCACCCAACCUUACCAAAUGUUGACUAUGUUGGAGGACUCCAUUGCAAACCUGCUAAACCCUUGCCUAAGGAUAUGGAAGAAUUUGUCCAGAGCUCUGGAGACCAUGGUGUGGUGGUCUUUUCUCUUGGGUCAAUGGUUAGUAACAUGACAGAAGAAAAAGCCAACGCAAUUGCAUGGGCCCUUGCCCAGAUUCCACAAAAGGUUCUUUGGAAAUUUGAUGGCAAAACCCCAGCAACUUUAGGACACAAUACCAGAGUGUACAAGUGGCUCCCCCAGAAUGACCUCCUUGGUCAUCCAAAAACCAAAGCCUUUGUAACUCAUGGUGGGGCCAAUGGUGUCUACGAGGCGAUCUAUCAUGGAAUCCCUAUGAUUGGCAUUCCUUUGUUUGGAGAACAGCAUGAUAACAUUGCCCAUAUGGUGGCCAAAGGAGCAGCUGUUGCAUUGAAUAUCAGAACAAUGUCAAAGUCAGAUGUGCUCAAUGCACUGGAGGAGGUCAUAGAAAAUCCUUUCUAUAAAAAGAAUGCUAUGUGGUUGUCAACCAUUCACCAUGACCAGCCUAUGAAACCCCUGGACAGGGCUGUCUUCUGGAUUGAGUUUGUUAUGCGCCACAAAAGAGCCAAGCACCUGAGACCACUUGGACAUAACCUUACCUGGUACCAGUACCACUCUCUGGAUGUGAUUGGAUUCCUACUCUCUUGUGUGGCAACCACUAUAGUCCUUAGUGUAAAGUGCCUCUUGUUCAUUUACCGAUUCUUUGUAAAGAAAGAAAAUAAAAUGAAGAAUGAGUAGAGCUCACUGACAAUGAACUACAUGAACAAACUUUCAGCCUCAUUCUUAUUUAUGAACCACCUUCUAAACACUUGACUUGAUUCUUUUCUAAUAAAGGCACAUCUUCUUUGUAAAUUUUUACCAUAUAAGAAGACAUAUACAUCUGUGAAUACUGAUACAUUCUCAAAAAUCUCCAUUUCUGUAAUUUUUAAACUAUUUAAUGUAAAAAAUUAUAUUGUAGAAAAAUGUGGGAAAUAAAAUGUUCUUGAUAGAGUCUUAAAAAUCAAA